UAGAUAUAUAGAUAUAUGAGUUAAAAAGAUGAAAAAGAAUAAUAAAAAGAAGAUUAAAAUAUAGAGAAUGAAAAUGAGAAUGAUGAUAAAACAGGAGUAUAAUAAAAUUAGUCUCUUAAUGAUGGAACCAUAUAAGAUAAUUCAAGAAUAGAUGUCCCAAUUGUUGAAUUAAAGAACUCAAAUGAAGAAUAGAAUUAAGAGUAAGCCAAGAUAUUAAAAGAAGAAUCAAAUAUAGCUACACCAACAAGAACUUCUUAACAUGAAGCAUCUCCAGUUGUAUAAAGAGAUUAAAUUUAAUCUCAAGAAAAAGAUUAGUAAUAAAUUGAUAACACAGAAUUUAAGUAAGAUGAAUAAAAUGAUUAAAACAGAGAAAUAGUUAAUUAAUAAGAAAAUACUGAAGAAAAAAUAAAUCAAAAUACUGAAGAAAAAAUAAAUGAUGUAGAUAAUCAUGAAGAUUAAAAGGAUAAUUUAUCAGAAAAUCAUUCAAAAGAUCAAAGUGAAAAGAAAGAAUUAGUUGAACCAGAAGAAUUUUAAAAUUCUUUUCAUUCAUAGCAAUAUUCUUAAAAAUCAAAUAAAUCAACAUUAUCUGAAAAAAUAACUUUUUUACAAUCUGCCUUAUAGAUGAAAGAUGAACUAAUCUUAACAUUAUAAGAUGAAAUUUCAGUUUUAAAAUAAUCUUAAUAAGAUAAAUAAGAGCAUAUAGAAACUUUGGAAAAAAAACAUGAGGAAAAAUUAGAAAAACUUUUUAAAAAAGUUGAAGAAUUAGAAAAACUUCUCAAAGAAAAAGAAAAUGAUAUAGAAUAAUAUCGUAAUGGAAAUUAGACUUUGCAUUUGUAAGAUUUAUCAGUCAUAUCAGUAUAAAAAAAUGAUAAUAACAUUAAAUCAAAUGUAAAUGAUAAAAAGGAUGUUACUAUUUUUGAAGUUCUUAAUGAAAAGUAAACAACUGCAGAUUUAUCAGAACUUGGAAAUAAUUUUUGGUUAAUAUCAGCAGAAAGAAAAAUUCAAAAAAAUAAUCCUUUAUAUAAAGAUUAUUUUCCUAAAGAUCCAGAACCUGAAUAACCUAAAAAUAAAAUCGUUAUAAAUCAUCCAACUAAAAAAUAUGAUAAAUCAUAUUGGUUUAAAUAUGUCGAAAUUAAAAAACCUCCUCGAUAUAAUCAUAAUAUUUAAUUACCAAAAUUACCAGAAUUAAAUCAUUAAUAUUAAUAAAAUGAUCCAAAGAUAUUAUCUAAAUAACUUUAAUAAAAUUAAGAAAUACAAUAACAAAUAAUUUAGUCAAUUUAAUAAUAAACACCUUUAAAUUUUUCUUAAACAUCAUAAAAUAAGGUAAAUCCAGUAUCUUAAUCUAUUCCUUUUAGCCAAAAAUUAUUAGCUAAUAACCAAAGAAAUGGUAGCUAAUAAUAAAAGUAAAUUAUUGUAUAAAAUUAGUAAUAAUUUAAUUAAAAAUAAAAUGUAUGCAUCAUAACCUACUAUUUUAAAGGCACAAUAAGUUUCAUUUGACUAGGAAGAUUUUUUGGCCGAAUAAGAAAUUGAAUAAAUGUUUGCUUAGUAAUCUCCACCAAAAAAAUAAAAAAUUGAUUGGGAUUUAUAACCAAUGAAAAAUUAUAUGAUCGUUUAACAUACUAAUUCCUCUUAAGUUAUAGAAUAAAAAGAAAAGUUUCCAAUUUUAUCCCAAAAACUCUCAUACGUAAAUCAAUACUCUCAUAAAAAAGAAAUGUAUUAAUUUUUAGUAUAAUUAUUAGCUCAAGAUUAAAUGAAUCAUAAAAUUAAAAUAGAACUAAAUUAUCAAAAAAUUAUUGA